AUGAACGCCGGGGGGAAAGAGCAGGAGGAUCGCAGCUGUCAGUCCAAUCACGCAGCUAUCAGUCGUGAGACACUAUGCGGUGCACAUGAUAAGUUCUGUUGGAACGCUGCUGAUGAAAAUUUUGAGGUAGGGGAACUGGGUCCACUCGUCUCCACCUCCUGCACCAAGCCAUCAGUCCACUCCACCUCCUGCACCAAGCCAUCAGUCCACUCCACCUCCUGCACCAAGCCAUCAGUCCACUCCACCUCCUGCACCAAGCCAUCAGUCCACUCCACCUCCUGCACCAAGCCAUCAGUCCACUCCACCUCCUGCACCAAGCCAUCAGUACACUCCACCUCCUGUCUGGGCGGGGCGGAGACCAUGGUGAACGUGCGCAAGGUGACGCAUAAGAGGGUCCAGGAGCCGCUGGCUGGCUCCGCCCUCCUGCCCUGCGUCUUCGCGCUGCAGCCCGGCCCGGCCAACGACCCGCCCCGCGUCAAGUGGACCAAGGUGUGGGGGCCCAGCGGCCCCGGGGGGCCCCAGAGGGAGCAGUCCGUCCUGGUGGCCAAGGGCAACAUCAUCAAGGUGAAGAAGGCGUUCCAGGGCCGCGUCACCCUGCCUGGUUACCCAGACAACCGCUACAACGCCACCCUGGCCCUCACCGGCCUGCGCUCCAGCGACUCCGGCAUGUACCGCUGCGAGGUGGUGGUCGGGAUCCACGACGAGCAAGACAUCGUGCCCCUGGAAGUUACAGGGGUGGUGUUUCAUUACCGGGCGGCUCACGACCGCUACGCUCUGUCCUUCGCCGACGCGCAGCAUGUGUGCCAGGAGAACUCGGCGGUGAUGGCCUCUCCGGCCCAGCUGCAGGCCACGUUUGAUGAUGGAUAUGACAACUGUGACGCCGGGUGGCUGUCCGAUCAGACCGUCAGGUACCCGAUCCAGUCUCCGAGGCCGGGUUGCUAUGGCGACCGGGAAGACUUACCUGGCGUCAGGAACUAUGGCAGCCGGGCCCCCGAGGAUCUCUUUGAUGUCUACUGCUACGCCAAGAAGCUGCAAGGAGAGGUGUUCCACGCCUUGGUGCCGGAGAAGCUGAGUCUGGCCACGGCCUCCACCCACUGCCACACCCUGGGGGGCCAGUUGGCCACGGCCGGGCAGCUCUACCUGGCCUGGCAGGCGGGCCUGGACCGCUGCGACCCCGGCUGGCUGGCCGACGGCAGCGUACGCUACCCCAUCAACCAGCCGCGCCGGAACUGCGGCGGGGACGAGCCGGGCGUGCGCACCGUCUACCACAACGCCAACCGCACCGGGUUCCCGGACACCACCGCCCUGUUUGAUGCCUACUGCUACCGAGGUACAGUACCAUGACAACCACCACCAUUAUUGCCAUGACAACCACCGCCCUGUUUGAUGCCUACUGCUACCGAGCAGCCCUCGUACCCGCAGCCCUCCACCUGGACCGGCCUGGUGGACAUGGACAAGGAAGGACUCAACUCCAUCGUCAGUAACGAGUCAUCGGAGAUAUCGGAGGAGCACGUGGUCAUUCAGCUCCGACCAGAGGAUGAGGAGGAGGAUGAGGAGGAGGCCUGGCCCGUGGAGGAGCACCAGGAGGCGGUGAGGGAGGAGCACGAGGAGGUGGCAUCCCCACAGAUCAUGCCUCUCCUGGGCCACAGCCAACAGGAGGAGGAGGAGGAGAGGGGGAAGAACCAGGGUGGCUCGGCCAAGGAGGAGCAGGAAACGGAAGAUGAGGAGGAGGUCGAAGGGGAUGAGAAGGAGAAGGAGGUCGACGUUCACCCGUUCAACUUUGACCUUUCGGCCACAUCGUCGACCCCCGAGGCCCACACCAGCGAGAGCAUGCUGUCCAGCCUGGUCAACACCAUCAUGAGGCCGUGGAGGUACUGGACCGGAACCACAGACGCUGACGUCCCAACGACGCCUUCGAGCACGAGCAGUGACCCCACGCAGGACAUUCAGGGUCCGCCUGCGAGAGCAGGGUGGUCUAAGGGCAACGUGAACGCGAUUGCAGAGCCCUCUCACAAGACCUCCACCGUGGUUAGUAGCAUGGCGAGCAGCACAGAUAAUGGACUUGCCGAGCAGGAGAAGGAAUUGGUGGUUGUGAAGGGUCAAUCUGCAGCCAUGGCAACCCAGAGGAACUCAGGAAGUUCAAACAAGCACUACAACAACCACUUUGAGGACCAGACCACAUCACAAGGCCUGAGCGCAGAGCAACCCACUGACGUGACAAAUAAUCCCACCUCCUUCUCGGACGCGAAUGCAUCAUCGUCGCCGGGGGGCUCGGGGAGCGUGUUCGCAUCAUCCCCGGUGCUCGGCAGCAAACAAAGGUGGACGCUGCUGAAACCCGUAAAGGGCCAGAAGCUCGGUGCCCCAGGCAGCAGCAGCAGUAGUAGUGGCACUAGCGGCACCACUGGAGUAGUAGAACACAUUCAUCUGGGGGGCGAUCCCCUCUCCUCAGAGCCCAUGGAGGCUAAAGCAGCCGCCCUGGAGAUUGUUGCCAUGCCCAGCAGACACGGAGACCGAGACGGCGACCGAGACAGCAUCAGGCCCUUGGAGAACUACUCGGGGGAAGGGAGGGACCACGGCGACGAGCACGCGACACAUCACCACCGCUACCCGUACCCCCCUCGGGGUCCGCCUUCACCCGCUCGGCCCGGACGCAUGGACUGGGAAGAGGACGCAGACGCAGACACGGAUAGCAAUGGCAGCGGUGGGCGAGAGCUAGCACUGGAGGCCUUCAUCAGCCGGGUGAAACAAGCGUCUAUGGCUGGUGGUGGUGGAGGAGGUGGAGUUGGUGGUGGUCGUGGUGAUGGUGACAGUGCUGCUGACAGGGAGAGUCCGGUACUGCAGACGACGGUGCAGUGGCAGCUUGUGCAUCUGCCCACAGCAGCAGCGCCCCCUAGCGGUCAGGAGGACGGAUCUCCAGAGGUGCAGCUGAGGUCAUCUGAGGAGGAGGAGCAGGUGGAGGAAAAGGAGGCGGAGUACGAUGAUGAUGAAGAAGAGGAGGAGGAGGAGGAGGCUGAGAACGCCCCUGAGGAGGCGCGGGGGGAGAUCCUGUUUGUCCGCAGGCCCGCUGAGAGACUGACACCACCGUCUUCCUCCUCCUCCUGCAAGGACAGCAGCCCUUUUGUCAAACGGAAGCACAACAGCUUUUUCGCCAAGGGCUCAAUGUCACAGCUCACCACGCCAUAUGUCACCGCCACCACCACCACCACCUCUAAAACCACCACCACCACUAAGGCAACAGUCUCCACCACACCUGCCAUGACACAGACCCUGACCCCCACCGAGGAGUACACCAGAGAGCCGGCCUCCGCCCUGCUGCCUGUGGAGCAGGGGAGCGAGCCUGCCCAGCAGCAGCAGCAGCAGUACACCCCGGAGCCCCAGCACCACCUCCAGCCCCACCCCCAGUUCUACACCACCCCUCCUCCUGCUGGUCACCCCGGGUCGCACACCACCAUCCGCGUGCCUCUCUUCACCACGCCACCGGGGGCAGCAGCAGCAGCGGGGGGCAGCAGGGACAAGGCCUGGAUGGGGUACAGGACGCCGGUGUCGGAGUCGUUCGUGGUGGCGCGGGGCUGGAGGACGCUGCCCGGGCUGAACUUCCUGCCGGUCGUGCAUCGGUCGGCUCAGGUCUCGUCUUCUUCGUCGUCUUCUUCGUCUCUGCACAACUCCACAGCGGACAGCAGCCUCAGUUCCAUCAUCGCCACCAACCAGGGAUACGACCCACAGAACCCAUCAGAGCAACGCGUGAGUACAAACGAGGAUGACUUGGAUGACCUGAAAAGACGCAUCGAGGUGCUUGAGAAGGACAACACCUACCUUCGUGACAAAAUUGAGGACGCGGAGAACAGAAGCAGGGCUCAUAACCUACGACUCCUGCAUGUACCCGAAAAAGCUGAAGGCUCGGAUAUCCAUGGUUUCGUGAUCAAACUCAUCACACAACUCCUGGGAGCCGAGAACUUUGCCACCCCACCAGCCAUUGAAAACGCUCACCGCACUCCUGUACGACUAACCAACAGAACUACUACAAAUAAAACUGGACAACGCGCACCAUCGGACAACAAGAAACCCGUACCAAGACCUUUCUACGUGAAAUUCCUAAGCCUCCGUGAACGGAAACACAUCCUAAAUCUCUCUAAGGAAAAACAAGAACUGUACUACGACGGCAAAAGGGUAUACAUCUAUCCGGACUACUCGGUUGCCACUAUGAACAAGCGACGGCAGUUUGACGAUGUCAAGAAAAGACUUCGCGACAUGGAUAUGGAUGUGGAGAACAUCCUCAGUAACCUGCCUCUCUUUUUAAACAGUGUGGAGAACAUCCUCAGUAACCUGCCUCUCUUUUUAAACAGUGUGGAGAACAUCCUCAGUAACCUGCCUCUCUUUUUAAACAGUGUGGAGAACAUCCUCAGUAACCUGCCUCUCUUUUUAAACAGUGUGGAGAGCAUCCUCACGGAGGGCGCCCCCUGCCAGACCAACCCGUGUCUGCAUGGGGGCAGCUGCAUGUCGGAGGGGGAGGGCUACAGCUGCCACUGUCCUCAGGGCUACUCAGGAGAGAGCUGCGAGAUCGAUAUCGAUGACUGCCAGUCCAACCCGUGUCAAAAUGGCGGCACCUGCAUUGAUGAGAUCAACUCCUUUGUGUGCCUGUGUCUGCCCAGCUACGGCGGAGCCACGUGUGAGAAAGACACGGAGGGCUGCGAUCACAACUGGCGUAAGUUCCACGGCCACUGCUACAGGUACUUCACCCAGCGCCACACCUGGGAGGAAGCGGAGAAGGACUGCAGAGAGCACAACGGACACCUGGCCAGCAUCCGCUCCCUGGACGAGCAGAACUUUGUCAAUGGGCUGAGUCAUGACAACACCUGGAUUGGCCUGAAUGACCGCACAGUGGAGCAGGACUUCCAGUGGACCGACAACAUGGACCUGCAAUAUGAGAACUGGCGCGAGAACCAGCCGGAUAAUUUCUUUGCGGGUGGUGAGGACUGUGUGGUGAUGAUCGCCCACGAGAACGGCAAGUGGAACGACGUGCCCUGCAACUACAACCUGCCCUACAUCUGCAAGAAAGGCACAGUCCUUUGCGGAGCCCCUCCGAUAGUAGAGAACGCCUUCCUGAUUGGUCGUAAGCGUACCCACUAUGACAUCCACUCGUUGGCGCGUUACCAGUGUGCCGACGGCUUCAUGCAGCGUCACAUGCCCACCGUCAAGUGCCGAGCCAACGGGAAGUGGGACAGGCCCAAAAUCAUCUGCUCGAACUCUCGGAGGUCCCACCGUAACCGCCGCCACCGCCACCACAAGUCGCACCACGACCACGAGCACAGGAAGCACCGGAAGCACGGCGGAGGAGGACACAAGGGCCGAGAGCAGAAACACGCCCACAGCCACAGCCACGCCCACGACCACUCCUAA